UCUCCCUUUGUUAUAGGAAUACACGGUAGACUGAGCACUUGGACCAUCUCCCUGUACUGAGGUAGUAUGUUGUCGAUGCGACUGUUCAUGCGAUUUCACAUAUAUAGUACAUACUCUCCCCAGUUAAACAUGAUUCGUUCUAAACUUCCGCCAUCAACACCACUCGUAACAUCAUCACAGGUCUAUACCAUUCCUGAUCUAGAGGAGCAUACCAAGCAUUUCAGCUAAGGGAAACCCUGUUUCAAAAUGGAAGGCUUGCGAGAUUCACAAGAUGGAUGGAAGUACGUCAUCGUCCUGACUAAAUUCGUCAUCCAGUUCGUUGAAAUGGCGACGUCAAAGUCGUUUGGAGUCUUGAUUCCUACCAUGAUAUAUUUGUUCUCGACAGAUGCUUCUUCUUUAGGCCUUGCGUGCAGCAUGCCUACGUCCAUGAUGCUCUUAGGAUCUUUACCCGUUGCUUAUAUUCUGAAGAGCGGCUACAUAUCACCUCGAGUGAUGGCGGUCACUGGAGCUAUCAUAUCAUCGUUAGGAAUCAUCAUUUCCGGUUAUCUUACAUCUGUUAUCCCUCUCGGAUUCUGCCUUGCCCUAACAGGAUUUGGACUGUCGAUGGGGUACCUACCAGCCAAAGUCUUACUCAACGACUACUUCCAGGAUACAUUCAUACUUAUGAACUCUUUAGGUAGUCUAGGAAUCGAUGUAGGUGCAUUAGUUGGUCCAGUCAUCAUUGAGAGGGCGCUAGAUGCGUAUGGGUUCAGUGGUGCCAUGCUCAUCCUUGGAGGGAUCAGCUUGCAUGCAAUUCCUGCCAGUAUAGCUCUUAGGACAGUAAAGGGUUCUCGCAAAGCCACACGGAUUCAGAAAAGAGAAGGUUGUCAAGAACCUUUAAUCGAUCCUAAUGGUGAUGAAAAGAGUGUUGUUAAGACUGUAGAUGAUGGUGAAAUAGUUAGCUCGGACGACCUAGCUUCAUCGUCAAAAGAAAUUAGCCAAUAUCGAGAAGAUCACACUGAGAGGGUAUCUGCAGAACAUGAUGUUUUACCUUGGAGGCAACGAUUUUCGCAGUGGUUUUGGCACUGCAUUAUUGUGGAAGAACCUCUCCUGUUACUUUCACUUCCUAUUCUUUUCCUCACAUCAUUCGUUGUGCAAUCAUGGAUUUUAUUUCUUGUUCCAAGAGCAAUAUGGCACGGAAUUCCAAGUUCUAAAGCCGUCUUGCUGUCAUCAAUUGGAGGUGGAGGUGGCGUCCUAGGGCAAAUUCUAUGCAUUGCGAUUCUCUUCUUCUUCAGAGUUGACUUUAUUGUCGUUUCCCUGAUCCUGAGUGUGAUAUCAUCAACUACCUUCUUAAUUGACCCACUGCUAACAUCGUUCCCAGUCAUGUGCGUCACGGCGUUUAUCCAAGGGUUGUGCGUCUUCAGCGCAGGAAUAUCUUCUGCUGCAUUCCUCAAGAGCUCUGUGUCUAAUGAAAACUUCACUGUUGCCGUAGGGAUCUUUGGUGUGGUGUACGGCAUCGGAGGGAUUGUCGGAAGUUUGUUGUCAGGUAUGAUCAAGGACAAGACUGGAUCCUAUACAAUAGUGUUUAUUGCUCUUGGUUUUACCAACUGUUUAACUGUGAUCCUCACAAUUGUCUUCUUGGCUGCCCAACGGAGACGGGAUCAUCUCACAUUACAAAACAAACAAGACAAAUAAUUAAGGAAUUGAUGAUCACAGCAUCUCUUACUCUUAGUCUUGCUCUUGGAGAUGUGGUCUAGUUGAUAGAUCAACAGACUGUAGAUUAGAAGGUGCGGGGUUCAAAUCAUAAACCCGGCACUAACGUUCUUUGUCAAAACGUUAAUGUACAUUUGCCACUUGAGACCCAGGUGUUAAUGGAUACCUGGUAGGAUGCGGAAGUCAUUGUAGUUUGCUAAGCAUUGUGAGCGUCUGUAAAAUGGCGCCUGGCUGGUAUGCCCUCCCAGGGAGAUGAGAAUGUGAAAUCAUUGUUUACGGGCAAGCCCCUGGAUGACCGGGAUAAUCAUAAUUAGUAAAAGCGCGUAGAGACAUCGUCGAUGUAUUAAAGGGACAGUUGAGCUUUUAUUCUAUUGAAAUAUUUUUAAUCAGAAUAAUAAGAAUUGAAAUAUUUGUAAUCAGGAUAACAA